AUGUAGACCUGAAGAACAGCCCACUGGCUCGCUCUGUUCUGCGCACACCAAACCGCCUCUUUAGCCCUCCAGCCCAAACCGACUCUUUCCCCUCUCUACAAAUUAUGGAUGAUUCAUUCUUUUUAUAAUAUUAUUUUAGUCCUCAUCGCCAACUUGAUCUUUGCUUUUGCUUUUGAUUUCUUGUCUUCUUCUGGGUUGUUCCCUAUAUAAACGUUCUCUCCCUUCAUUUAUCUCUCUCAGGGAACACUCCUCUGUUUCUUUCACUUAUAAACGACUGGAACUCGAACUAAACCAUCUUCACAUGGCUACCUCUGUCCAUAAUCGUCAGUUUCCCCAUUUGGAUUCCGCCAUUCGUGGCUGUAAUUUUCCCUCUAAUCCGGAGUUCUCCGUGCCCAAGAAGACGGCGGCAAUGGAGAACGCCGGCGAUGAUGACUUCUCCAGUGACGACGACAACGACUCCGAUUUCAACGACUUGAUUCGAAAAGGGUUGAGCGAAUUGGAGCCGUCGAUUCACGAUCCGAGAGAUUCCGGCACGGCGGAUGGUUGGAUUGAGAGAAAUGCGUCCAUGGUUCGUCUUACGGGUAAACAUCCUUUCAAUUCGGAGCCGCCGUUACCCCGUUUGAUGCACCAUGGGUUUAUCACUCCGGUUCCGCUUCAUUACGUCCGUAACCACGGCCCGGUCCCUAAGGCGAAUUGGAACGAUUGGACCGUCGAGAUUUGCGGUUUAGUGAAAAAACCAACCCGGUUCACUAUGGACCAACUCGUUAACGAUUUCCGUAGCCGGGAAUUUCCCGUCACACUCGUCUGCGCCGGUAACCGCCGGAAGGAACAGAAUAUGGUUAAGAAAACCAUCGGAUUCAACUGGGGCGGCGGCGGAAUCUCCACGUCGGUCUGGCGAGGGGUCCCACUCCGAGACGUGUUAAAGCACUGUGGAAUCUUCAGCCGUAAGAAAGGGGCCCUCAAUGUCUGCUUUGAAGGAGCAGAGUGUUUGCCCGGCGGCGGUGGGUCCAAGUACGGCACUAGCCUGAGAAAGGAAGUAGCCAUGGACCCAGGUAGAGAUAUAAUGCUAACGUAUAUGCAAAACGGCGAUCUGUUAGCACCGGACCACGGAUUUCCCGUUCGGGUCAUCACGCCGGGAUUCAUCGGCGGCCGGAUGGUCAAAUGGCUAAAACGCAUUAUCGUAACCACAAAAGAAUCAGAUAGCUAUUACCAUUACAGAGACAACAAAGUCCUCCCCUCCCAUGUCGAUGCAGAAUUGGCAAACGCCGAAGCUUGGUGGUACAAGCCGGAGUGUAUUAUCAGCGAACUGAACAUAAACUCUGUUAUAACCACACCAUGCCACGAGGAAAUCCUGCCGAUAAACUCAUGGACUACACAACGGCCGUAUACGUUAAGAGGAUAUGCAUAUUCCG